AUGAUAUUUAGCAAUGUAAACUCCAAAGCAUGUCAUGCAAAGCGUGGCGAUAGGAGAAGCGGGGCAAGACAGUGCGAGGAGCAAGAUGAAGUAAUGGCUGCAGAAUCGAGUAUACGCGUUAGACGUGCUGCCAUCCCCGCCGCCGGGGUACGGCGAGUCACCGAAACGAGUGGUCGCGUGACAAAAAUAGUUAGAAACAAUAAAAGAAAAACAGACCAUGGUGUAAGGUCAGAAGAAGAGAUGCGAAACACGAUAACUGCUGUAUUGGAAGACAAAAUGAAAAUUGCUAGCAGCAAAAACAUGUUCAGUCAGGUAAAGUACGCAAGAAAGAAAGGUGAAAAUUUGUCGAAAGAAUACUAG